AUGGAUUUCGCACCAUACCAGUCCUCACCACCCGAGCACGGCCGAGUAGCCUCUCCUCCCGAUUACAGCGCAUCACCACGCGCCUCUACAGACGCAAGCAAGAGACCAUUCUCGCCCAUCAAUGCCGCGCGCAGUCCGCCUCCGCUUCAGCACCCUCAGCCCCAGAGGGCAUGGGGCGGGUUCGACGGCCAAACAGGUGGAUGGGCUGGUGGAAGCGCUGCUCCUGCAGGCAAUUCUUUGCCUAGCGCAUACCCCGCGGCGGAAGUGAGCGAGUUUGAUACCAGCCUCGGACUCAGGCUCGACUACGAAGCUUGUCUAGCCUAUUUAGCGUUCCCGCCGAUUGGCGCCAUCGUGCUUCUUAUACUGGAGAGGAAUAGCGACUAUGUUAGAUUCCACGCCUGGCAAUCUGCAUUACUCUUCACCGCUGUCAUGGUACUCCACCUCUUCUUCUCGUGGUCGAAAUUCUUCAGUUGGCUCUUUUUCCUAGGAGAUCUCGCUUUGAUUGGAUUUCUCUCCCUCAAAGCAUACCGCGACGCCGAAAUAUUAGACAGGUUCGAAGUUCCGUUCUUCGGAAAGAUAGCAGUGAGGAUACUAGACGACGAGUGA